AUGUCUUCAGUUGCUGUCUCAGGAAAAACAAAUUCACAAGAAAGACCUCUAUAUAAAUUCUCUUGGAGCUAUUUUAUUCAAUUGAUCAUAUGGCUAAUCAUUCUAACUUAUGUUCUACGCAAACUGUUUACUGGUCAUGGUUCCGAUAUCAAUUUCGGGAAAUUUCUUUUAAAGACAUCUCCAUACCUUUGGGCUAAUCUAGGUAUAGCCUUAUGUAUAGGGUUAAGUAUCAUUGGUUCUGCUUGGGGGAUCUUCAUUACUGGGUCCUCAAUCAUUGGUGCUGGUGUUAGAGCUCCAAGAAUUACUACCAAGAAUUUAAUUUCCAUUAUUUUCUGUGAAGUUGUGGCCAUUUAUGGGUUGAUUAUUUCCAUUGUCUUUUCUUCCAAAUUAACAGUCGUUUCAUCUGCCGAUUCUUUAUACACUAAAUCAAACUAUUAUACCGGGUUUGCUUUGUUUUGGGCAGGUAUCACUGUCGGUGCUUCAAAUUUGAUUUGUGGUGUUGCUGUCGGUGUCACUGGUGCUACUGCUGCCAUCUCUGAUGCUGCCGAUUCUGCAUUAUUUGUUAAAAUCUUAGUUAUUGAAAUUUUCGGUUCUAUCUUAGGUUUAUUAGGUUUAAUUGUUGGUUUAUUAAUGGCCGGGAAAGCUUCUGAUUUCCAUUGA